AUGAGGAAUCUCUCAGUGGUGACUGAAUUUAUCCUGCUGGGCAUCCCACACACGGAACAUCUGGAGACCUUGCUCUUUGCCCUGUUUUUGUCCUUCUACAUCUUCACCCUGAUGGGGAACCUACUCAUCCUACUGGCAACUGUUGCCUCCACACGCCUUCACACUCCCAUGUACUUCUUCCUGUGCAAGCUGUCUGUGUGUGACAUAUUUUUCCCUUCCGUGUGCUCCCCCAAGAUGCUGCUCUACCUCUCAGGGAACAGCCGAGCCAUCUCCUAUGUGGGCUGUGUGUCCCAGCUCUUCUUCUACCAUUUCCUGGGCUGCACUGAGUGUUUCCUGUACACAGUGAUGGCCUAUGACCUCUUCGUUGCCAUAUGUUUUCCUCUGCGCUACACAAUUAUCAUGAGCCACAGAAUGUGUGCUGUCCUGGCUAUGGGGACCUCAUUUUUUGGCUGUAUUCAGGCCACCUUUCUAACUACUCUCACCUUCCAGUUGCCCUACUGUGGCCCAAAUGAGGUGGACUAUUACUUUUGUGAUAUUCCAGUGAUGCUGAAGCUGGCUUGUACAGAUACCUGA